CAUUGUUUCCUUUUAAAGUUUACCGAGAAAACAGGAUGCAGCAGUUUUGAAUAUGAAAUCCAAAUUACUUGGAAAUUGAUUAGCUCAGUUGCCAUUCGGUUCCCAGUAGCCUAAGACAUAUACUAUACAUAAAACAACUAUUGUACAUAUAUUUAUGACUGAAGUAAGUCUAAUGCACGAUGGAUAUGAUCUUUUUACUCCUGUUACAACUUCUGUGUGGAAUUGACGGAGCAGAGCGUGAACCAACAGAGAUCGCGUGUACGACUAGCGCCUGCUACACCGUGCACAUUGAGAACAGCAUGUAUGAAGAGGCAAAUAAGAGAUGUGAAGACCACGGAGGGAAGCUCGCGACUGUAAAAGACCAAACGGAGGCUGGGGAGGUCCGCUCGGUCCUCUCGCGGUUUGGGAGAAGUAACACGCAUCAUGGCUUUAAUUUUUGGAUUGGGCUGAAACUGCAGAAAGGGAGCUGCAUCUUUCCAGAAAGGAGUCUAAAAGGUUUUAAAUGGAUAUCUGGAGAACAUGACACAGACUUUUCGAAUUGGGAGAAGGAACCUGAAAUAACCUGCACGGAAGAGCGUUGUGUUUCUGUUCAUCACACAUCUUCUCCAACCGUCCAGUCAGGUAGUUGGGUGCUUUGGACAGACCGAUCUUGUAAAGAUGUGGCCGGUUUCGUGUGCAAGUUCAAUUUUAAGGGGAUGUGCAAACCUUUGCUUUUGGCCGGACCUGGAAUGGUAAGGUACACUACUGCUUUUGCCAUGAGUCCCCUGAGUGAAGAUAGUGUUCUGACUAUGUUACCCCAUGGAACUGUUGCAGAAGUGUCGUGCGAUGCUAAUACGCAAUACACCUCCUGUAAGGACAUGAAUGGGUUUUUUGGCUGGACUAAAUCAGGUCCGUUCUGUGACUCCAGUAAUCAGGGAUGUAAAUACAAAAACGGAGGCUGUGAUCAUUACUGUAUUGACAGCGACCAUAUGGGCGUCCGUUGCGAAUGUAAAAAUGGCUUCGAACUUGGAGAAGACAGCGUCACCUGCGUCCAGAAGGAUAACUGCAAGGAUUCUCCAUGCACAUUUAAAUGCUUCCCUACCACUACUGCAUUUAUUUGUGAUUGCCCUAAGGGAUUCGAAUUAGCUAAGGACCAGACGAGUUGCAUUGAUGUUGAUGAAUGUUCAUCCCCCGUCUGUGGUAGUCAUACGUGCCAUAAUACCCAAGGGAGUUAUACCUGUCACUGCAAAAUGGGUUACAAUUUCAUCAACGGAAAAUGCGAAGAUAUUGAUGAAUGUCGCGCACUACCCUGCCCCCAAGGCUGUCUGAACUCACCGGGCUCGUUCUCCUGCUAUUGUUUUUCUGGCUACAGGCCAACAAAGGACGGGCGAGGUUGUGUGGAUGACGACGAGUGUCUUAGCAGUCCUUGCGCUCAGAAUUGCACCAACACCCCGGGUAGUUUCAAAUGUUCCUGCAGUAAGCACUUCCAAAUAGCGGCGAACGGUGUCACUUGCAUCCUUGAUCCGCGGGGGGAAUUUACUGCACACCAAGGGGAAGAGAAAAGGGUCGGACAGAGCACCGAUGUACAUAUCAAUACCCCUGAGGUCGCAGUCUCUUCGGUCACAACGCCCCUUUACGACACAGUAUUUGUUGCAAUGUUACCAGAGGAUUCCAUAAGUAUAGUCUACGAUGGUGCAUCCAGCGCUACUACUACAUUGCAUCCAAACGCAAUGAAUGAGGAAACGGAUCAUGCGAAUAACAGCGUGCGCCAAGUGAACCACUUCAGCAAGACGUGGAUCUUGGCUUGUGCUCUGGGUUCAGUCGCGGCCCUUGUCUUAGUGAUUGCUGUGAUUUCUGUCAUCACAGUCUGUCGCUUAAACCGUCUGAGAAAAGACGCAAAAAAACAGAACUCCACAACAGACAGUUACUGUUGGGUGUCAUCAGGUCACGUUACUCAAAUAGAAAAGUUAGAAGACCAAAAAUAACAGACAGUGAACCCACAUGGGGUGGAAUAUUAUGAGCUGUAGUUUGAAAUGUGUAAAUAGUAUCCGCAAAAUAAGGGCGGUCACAUGGUUUUGGUUUUCAAGAAUUAAUUUAAGGUACUGGGCUACACGCUUUGUCUACACGAGACAUCAUAUUAUCUUAAAUUCACGAAGUGCGCAUAACUUUGUGUUUCUGCAUGCCAGCAUACGCAGUAGGCCUAGGUCAUUAACUGAAGCUUUUGCCUUCAUAUAGCCUAAAUGUGUUCUUGUGUUUGCGAUUGUUGAAAUAAAUUAUGUAUAAAAGAA